AUGUUUGCGAAAUUGUCCGAGCGAUUGAAAGCAGGCAAAAAUCACCCAAGUCGUCGAAAUGCCACCUCAACAAUUAAAGUGACUGUGCAACGUGAGAGUAAUCACGCAUCUGGCGACCGAGAUAAUAAACGCGGAGGAGGCGGUGACAAAGCGCCAAGUUCGGGCACAAGUCGAGAAAGCACACCUCUGAAACGAGCGAGAUCAGAAGAUGCCUCGAGUCCUCGUCGAUCAGCGUCACAAAGCCCUGCCAAACGGCCAAGCCGUAAGAACUCGCCCAGAAAAACUCCCUCAAAUGCUUUAUCAGCGAUGACUAAUCACAGGAUUCGAGGCUCUGCUGAGAAUUCGGAGGCCUCUCGAUUCCCAACUCCUGAGCCUCUAACUCGUCGCUUGGUACCUCUUAUUGAAGGAGGUGACUUGGAGCUUGUUUCUGCAGCAGAAUGCAUCAAGGAUGUACCGGGUGAGUGGAGUUUUGGUGGUCCUUUACAUGUUUCGGUUCAGCUGCCGAAUAAACUAGAGUCUUAUCCUAUUUGGCACCCUAAAAGCAGUGGAGACUUUGCCCCUUUAGCAGAACUCCGAACUGUGAUGGAAAUUGCUGCCUCAAUGUUUCCCAAUAUGGAACUACAGUCUAGAAUAAACGAUCCCUUGGGAGGAGACUGUAUAGCCCGUCGCUUUGCCAAGGCCAUUAAAAAGGACGAUCAAGAACUGCUCAACACCACUAUUGAUGAGUUUAAUAAGCUUAUAACAGGGUACCGAGCAGAUCUGCGCCGAUUCGACCCUAUCAAGCCCGAAAUGGCUCACGAAAUCUUGACAAUGGCCUAUUGUCGGACUGUUUCGCCCAAGGCGUCCCAGCUACGCGACUACAAAUCAUUCAGUAACAAUGUUUAUGGUGAGCUGUUGCCAGGCUUUUGCACGAAAAUAUUCAACCAAACCGGUCUCACUAAGGACAGUGUUUUCGUUGAUCUUGGGUCAGGCGUGGGGAAUGUAACACUGCAAGCUGCACUUGAAAUUGGCUGUGAAUCAUGGGGGUGCGAGAUCAUGCCUUUGGCAAGUGAACUUGCUUCUCUACAAAAGACAGAAGUCGAAGCUCGAGCAAGCGCUUGGGGUCUGCCCUCUGGAGAAAUCACGUUACUUAGUGAAGACUUUGUCAACAACGCUCGAAUUCAGGGCGCCCUGCGGAGAGCCAGUGUUGUGCUUGUAAACAAUUAUGCAUUCGAUGGUGAGCUCAACAACCAGCUGUUGCAGAUGUUCCUGGAUCUCCCUGAAGGAGCCAAAAUUGUGUCCUUAAAAUCGUUUGUUCCACCUGGCCAUACGAUAUCUGCGCACAACAUCGAGUCUCCAAUGAAUAUUCUUAAAGUCUAUCACCGAGAGUUCGGACACGAUUCAGUUAAUUGGACCCCCGCUGCAGGCGAUUAUUACAUUGCGGUUGUCGACCGAAGUCGGCUGGCCGCUUAUAUUUAA